CAAACUUCAAGAUAAUGUGUCAACAAAAUUGUUAUAAAAAAUGGUUAUUUAAAUAUUAAUAUAAUUAAAUAUUAGAGAACUCAUAAAUUAUUAAUACCGGUGAUUUGCGGAUAUAUUAAGUUAAUAUAUGUGUUACAAAUAUCAAAUUUAAAAAUGAAUAGCGUGGGUGCAGAAGUUGGACAAAAAAUGCGAUCGGCUAUUAAAGCCAAACUACUAGAAUUACACUGUUAUGUUGAUGAUGAGUUACCAGAUUACAUAAUGGUAAUGGUAGCAAACAGAAGAACCAAAGCCCAAAUGAAUGAAGAUCUGUAUUUAUUUUUAAAUGAAAAAACAUCCCCCUUUGUUGAAUGGCUUCAUAUUGUCCUGAAGAAGCUGAAAGAAGUAACUGUAACUAAUCCAGAGGUGUAUAAGAAAGUGGCUAAAAGAAAAUCAAGUGAAGAGCCAGACAUUAAAAUAAAAAAAGAAAAAUUUAAAAAAUACUCUGAUAAUGUGAAAAGCGAAUCUAAUAGUCCCAAAAGAGGUUCAACACAAAAUAAUACAGAUGAAGAAACAAGCAACACUGAGUUUAGUACUUCAAUUUUCUCUGAAAUGAAUUCUACCGCGGCUAAAGAUCUUGAAGAAAUUGAAAGAAAAAUUAGAAAUGUAAAGAGUAGAUUAGGAAUCACAGUCGAUAGUGAUGUAGACGAGGAAAUGCUCAUUAAAUUAAAAACAGAAAAAGUCAAGACUGAAACACCUGUUCAUAAAGAAAAUUCAGUAGAACGAGAAGUGGAAUUACAGAUAGAAGAUCAAGGUACUGAUCCCAUGGAUGAUUCUGACCAUCAAACCAGCUACACACCCGAAAAACCAAAAAGACCAUCUCCAAUCACAUUUGAAAAGGAAGACUUUUCAACAACACCGCCUAGAAAGAGUUCUGUGCUAUCGAGGUUAGGAAAAAGAGUUUCUUCUAGUGACACCGAUUCAAAGAAAAGGAGAUUAAGUUUAUCUGAUGCAGAGUUUAAAAGUCGGAAGCGGGGAUCGGAUAGACAUAGUUCUAAGGAUGAAAAGAAACAUAAGAGAUCUAGAAAUGAUAGAGAUAGGAGUGAUGGAAGGAGAUCCGAUGACAGGAGGGUGUCAAGGAGUAAAAGGGAUUCAAUUGGAUCUGAAGAAGCUCGCAAACGAUCAGAUAAGAGUGUUCAUAGUAGGCUUGGUGUAAUGUCAAAGAUUCAUAUUCCGGAGAAACCCUCCGAAGAACCAGAAAUUGAAGACGAAUUAAGAACUAGAGCAGUACGUAGCAUGGUUAAAGUGAAACCUAGAUCUCUGCCGGCAAUUUCGUCGCAGCCUAAUAAGAAUCUUCUGCUGAAAGCAGUAGCAGAAGCUAACAAGAGCGUAUCAGAAACAAUAAGUGCUAGUUCUAAGACUUUUCCAAGACUAUCAGAAGACUCGAGUGAUGAUGCACCUAGUACACGGAAGUUAUCAAAGCGAUCAAAAAGCAAAAUCAGAAACAUCAUACUGGCUCAGGUUUCGAAAGACGGCAGCGAUACUAACGACGAAGAAAAAGAAUUUGAGUAUGUCCCUAAGCCGAUUAAGAGAAAUAAUUCCGAUGAUCUCCCUGAAUAUGUUCCUUCCUCCAGAAAAUCUAUAGAAGAGUCGCUAGAGAAAGAGACUGCUGUAGUAAAACCUAGAAUAUCAGCAAAAGCAAGAUUAUCAGCGAAGAAAUCUCCGUCUCCAAUAUUUUUUGAUAACGUUUCAACAAAGGUAUCCAAAAAAAUCGAUGUUCCCGACUCUCUUCUGACCGUGCAUCCUCCAGCAUCAGUGAAAACUCAAGAACGCUGCAAGUACUGGCCAAACUGCAGACAAGGCGACAAAUGCGAAUUUGUACAUCCUUCAGCCGCCUGCGAAGCAUUUCCGAACUGUAAAUACGGCGAAAAAUGUAUGUUCCUACACCCUUCUUGCAAGUUCGGCGCUUCGUGUACAAAAAGGGACUGCCAAUACAGCCACGCUAACAGUGCCAGUUUAGCAAUGAAGUUACCAGUAGUCCAGCCCCAGAUUUGUAGGUUUUUUCCGAAAUGCACCAACAUUACUUGCCCUUUUUUUCACCCAAAGUUGUGUAAAUUUGGAAAAUAUUGUAAAAAUCAGGCCGAGUGUCCGUUUUCUCAUCCGUCUUCUGUGAAGAAAAGCAGCCUUACUUGGAGACCAAAGUAAAAGAAAAGAUCGUGCGUG